AUGGAGGAAGAAGGAGAAAGACAGUGGAGCUCUCUCAUAGUACCUUCUGUUCUAGAGAUGGUUAAAGAGAAGAACUUGACGACUGUUCCUUCGAGGUAUGUCCGGUCUGAUCAAGAAAAACCUGAGCUUUUAGAUGAUUCUAGUCUCAGUUCCGAGAUUCCACUAAUCGACAUGAAACGCUUAUGUUCUGUUUCCGCCAUGGAUUCCGAGCUUCAGAAGCUCGAUUUAGCUUGCAAAGAUUGGGGAUUUUUUCAACUAAUAAACCAUGGAAUAGACUCAUCUUUCUUGGACAAACUAGAGACAGAGGCUCAAGAUUUCUUCAACCUCUCCAUGGAAGAGAAGAAGAAGUUGUGGCAGAGAAAUGGUGAAUUCGAAGGAUUCGGACAAGUGAACGUUGUGUCUGAGGAUCAGAAACUUGAUUGGGGAGACAUGUUCAUCCUCACUACUCAACCAAUUCGAUCUCGCAAAUCUCACUUGUUCUCCAAAUUACCUCCUUCUUUCAGAGAAACUGUAGAGACUUACUCCUCUGAAGUGAAGAACAUAGCUAAGAUCCUUUUUGCGAAAAUGGCGAAUGUUCUCGAGAUCAAACGCGAAGAAAUGGAAGAUUUGUUUGAUGAUGUUUGGCAAUCUAUCAAGAUUAAUUACUAUCCGCCAUGUCCGCAACCAGAUCAAGUUAUCGGUUUGACUCCACAUUCAGAUGCUGCAGGUCUCACAAUACUAUUACAGGUGAAUCAAGUUGAAGGACUUCAGAUCAAGAAAGACGGCAAAUGGGUUGUCGUAAAACCACUUCUACAUGCUUUAGUUGUUAAUGUUGGUGAAAUCUUAGAGAUCAUAACAAACGGGAGAUAUCGAAGCGUCGAGCAUAGAGCGGUGGUAAAUUCCGAGAAAGAGAGGUUAUCGAUUGCGAUGUUUCAUAGUCCGGGAAAGGAGACAGUGAUCGGUCCUGCGAAAAGCCUUGCCGAAAAGCACCAGAAGCAAAGGUUGUUCAAAAAUAUGACCACACAAGAGUUCUUUGAUGCUUUCUUUACUCAGAAGCUCAAUGGAAAAUCCCACCUUGAUGAUCUUAUGACUAUUUAA